AUGGCACCAUUCAUUGCAGCGAGCGGGCAGAGGCCCGGUUGGAAGAGAGGAUCGCCCCCUAGCAACAUUCGUGUGCCCGCUAGGAGGAUACGGCAGCGAGUCGACGUGGCCGAUGGCGGCGGCAACUCUUCUGGCGACGAGGCCGGUCCUGUACGCAACAAGAACCGCCGCCAGGCGCCCGCCACCAAGACAAGGGACGUCAUCUCCACCCGCGACGACGACCUUCCCACCCCGGUACCCGAUAUUGGCUUGACCAACGACGCCGUUGCAGACGGCUCGGACAGCGACAGCGGGCCCGACAGCCCAACAUCGCCAACGUCACCAAUCAACUCGCCUGUUGCUUCUGCACCUCCGCCUGCCGCAGCCCAGCCGCCCGUCACUCUCACCCCCAUUAAGCCCCCCGGCCCGAGGCCAUCCCUACCACCACCCGUGAACCCGUCCCCACCUCCGCCAGCGGCCCCACCGUCUCCCACCACGACGCCGCCCGUUGCUCUCCCUCCAGCGGCGCCUCCGGCAGCGCCACCGGCAGUACUGCCCGAUUUUAGCAGCCAACCCGUUCCGCGGCCCAAUCUGCCCAUCAACGAUCAAGCGCCCGAGCAACCCAUUGCCGCACCCAUUGAGGCUCCCACAACUCCACCCAUCACCAUAACAGCGCCUCCCGAGAUUAGGACAAUCACGGCUGCACCGCCCGCGGGGACUGUGACAGCCUCGCUCUCGACUUCCAGCUUUUCUUCCACAUCCUCCCUGUCAAUCACAACCCAGCCGCCAGCCUUGCCAGUGUUCGAUCCUACUGCACCGCGAAAGGAAUUGGAGCCGCCCUCGCCAACAACGAGCAAAUCCCGAGAUGAUUCCACCACAAGCUCCACCAGCAGCAGUAACCUCAUCACUGGCACCGCUCUGCCUGUCGAGGACAAUGACAGCGCCAGCGGCCGAGGCCGGAUGGACCCCAACACCGAACAUGCCCUGAUUGCUGUCGGGUCCAUUGGUUCCUUCAUAUUUGCAAGCUUUAUCAUCUGGAUUGUUUGGAGGACUGUCAGGCGGACUCGCAAGAAGAGGAGAGAGCGCGAAAGCCAGUUCCCUAACCUCGGCCAGGGACCACCCCCACCCAUCCAUAAAUCUGGCAUUGGCAUCAGGUUUGCGGCUAAGGUUCCAUUCCUGCGUAACAUUGCAGCAGCCCGCGGAUGGCACAAUCUCGAUGACGGCGCCGGGCAGCCCCCUCCGUAUGAGAAGGGCGGCCGCGGCUCGCUGCGUCUGGACACGGACGUCUAUGCCGGUCAGCCUAAGUUCCAACAGCCGAGCAGCGCGACGUACAGUCUACCGCAGACCAGCGCCAACGGAACGCCUAUAACUGUCAGCCCCACGAGCAUGGCUCUGCAGCGCAAUGACACACUUCGCGCUCAGCAGGGCACCUACCAGUCUGGCAACGGAACGAUCGACUCCAUCAUGGCGAGGUACGGCAACGGUGGCGACAUGAGCUCGACGCUUCAGUCAGUUGGUGGCGGUCUGUACUACGUCGAAUCGGAGAUGGAGAUUGCCCGUCAGCAAACAAAUGGCUAUGGGCGACCAGCCAACCGUGCCAGCGCGAUUUCGUCUCUUUCGUCUGGCUUCGGCGAUGGCGACAUUAUUGUGCCUGGGCCUGCAGCCGCCGCCUCCCGCUUCGCAGGCUUUGCGAUCUACCCAGAACGUCGUGGGGGCGCUACUCUUGGGUCAGCAAGAGCGAGAGCAGCAACCGUGAGACGAUCUACACGGAAACAAGCGAGGACCUGCCCCGCGGUUCCGUACUGUCAACAGCUGGGUGAACCAGCAGACGGGCCGCGUCAAGCGGGCCCAGGGUCGCAGCGACGAUGA